UCUAAUCUCUCUCCGCCUCGCGCCGUGGGCGAUUUUACCAGCUCCGUGAUCUUUUAACCAAUUCUCUUUUGGAAUCUUCUGAUGCGUCUUCCUCUUCCAUCGUAAUUCUUUUAAUUGUCGUACGAGCUCUCGCAGAGUUAAAGAGUAUUCAGCUCAUAUAUGGCUCUUCAGCUCGGGAAGCUCACUAUCCUCAUCGGUGCAGGUCUUGUUGGGUCAGUGCUUGCUAAAGACGGGGGCUUGCCUGAUGUAUCCAGUUUCGUCUCCGGUGCUUUUAAGAUGGUAUUUAGACAACUGAAACAAGGUGAACCUGCCAAAUUAGCCAGCAAGCCUCACAGUGAUGCACUUACAGCCCAGGUUAACACUCUUCGGCAUGAAUUGCAGUUGCUGGCUUCAAACAGGCCUAUCACUAUAAUCUCCACAGGAGGAUCAGGUGGCAGAAAGUAUGCUGUGAUCAUUAUUAUCGGGGUGAUAGGUUACGGAUAUGUAUGGUGGAAGGGCUUCAAACUUGAAGAUUUUAUGUUUGCAACAAGGCGCAGCUUAUCAGAUGCAUGCAAUAAUGUUGGCACCCAGAUCGAUGGUUUUUAUUCAUCCCUCUCGGGUACAAAACGAGAGUUAGGUUCAGAAAUUGACAGGAUGGAUCGUACUUUGGAUGCAAGUUCAGUAACUAUUAAACAAACAGGAAGAGAGGUGACUGAGUUACGGGAUGGAACAGCAAAUAUGAAGGAUGAAGUUAGGUCUGUUUUCGAGGCUGUUGAAACUCUGGCCAGCAAAGUACAUCGCAUUGAGGGAAAUCAGGAUCUCACGCUCAAAGGAGUUGGAGCCCUGCAUGCUCAGUGUCUCGAGCACAAAAGAAUUCAAGAAUCCAAUAAGGCUUUGCCAUCAACUUCGUCACUCCCUGCCCUUGAGCCAGCUCCCGUGACACCUUCAUCAAGGACUCUGUCUUUGCCUCCUCCUUCUCCCCGUGAAUCCCAGUCUCCGUCAACCCCUAAUGGAGCUCGACAGUCAAAUGGUCCACUUCAGCACACUCACUCUAUGCCUGGUUUGAAGGAUAUAAACGAAAGCUCUAGCAGCCGUGAGACUUUCUCCAAUGGAACACAUUCUGGAGAAGCCAUGGGAAACACAACAACAAGUUCAGGCCUGUUUAGUAUUUUCUCAAUGCCAAGAAUAGUGAGGACUCGUAGUGCGGUGGACGCAGUGCCUGCUAACUCAACUGGUCCCCAAUAGUGGCCUGUCAAUACAAAAGAGAGUUUGAUCAUUCAGAUAUAGUGAUCAGUAAACCAUAAAUGGAGAAGUGCUAGACUGCUAGUCGAGGAGUUGAAUGCAUUUUGCUGUGUUUAUGCUCGGUCCCUUGCUUAGUUGAGCAAAUGUCAUAAAAAGUGCAUAAAUUUUGUAGUGAAUGCAGCUUAUAUUUAAUUGGAAUGUUUGUCACAAUUUAAUCA